AUGCCCACGAUACUCACUCCGCAAGGAUGGGUCAAAGUCGCGCCAGCGCCACGGAAGAAGGUCGUCAAAUCUGACCCUACGUCUGCGUUGAGGGGACCACUCGCGUACUUCAGUUGCCAACAGCUUCCAUCCAGCAAGAAAGAGCCCAUCAGCCGACCGCAAUACCCGUACGACUUGUCGGCAUCACCCGAGAAGCUAAAGCACCAAGGCGAAGGGAAGGCGAAGAUCGCCGGCAAGAACAGAGUCAUUUCCGCCCCGCAGCUAACGACAUACGACCAAGACGACAUCGACGGCGGCGACGGUCGUUACAAAAACUACGAAGCGGAAGGGCAUUGGGCUGGAGGAGGAGGAGGCGAACUUUCACCACCAUCGUCCCCGUCGAGGAAACACCACCACAAGACUUCGCAUUCGAGAAAAGAGCGACCGAGGCAGGACGACGACGUUUCGAGUUCAAGUUCCGGAUCUAGUACUAGUGGACGCUCGACGAAAUCGUACACGAGGCAACGACCUGUCGAGGCUGCUCCGAGGCCUGCAUCAACGACGUACCACCGUCCGCCUCAGCCUCCGCAAGGUGGAUAUUAUGGGCAUAAUGAUUAUUAUUCGCCACCCCCACCGAGGCCGACAGUAUAUGACAGGCCGCCACCGCCUAGCAAUGCAAGGAGCAUGUCGUAUAGUUGGUACAACGCUACGACGCCUUUGAAUUUAUGA